AUGGAUACAGAGUUCAUCCUCUAUACUCAUGUGAUCAAGACUGUCAUCGACUCGUAUGCCCCCAAUACGUUUGGUGUCUUUGACAAUGCAGAGCCGUGCGCCUACAACCACAACGAGAGGGCGUCCGAAGCAAUUCUGCUAAAGGUAGUGUACUCACUGUCGCAGGUGUGUUGGCAAUGGUUCCACUUUAUCUCGAGGCACUACUGCAGCCAUCUGGCGCUGUUCACCGAUGCCGAUGGCUUCGUCAAAGCCUUCUCCUCUUCAGCAGGCAGGCCACUCUCAAAGACAACAAUCUGCGACAUCUUGUAUCCGGGAUCAUGCCUCUCGGCCAAUGUGCAUCUAUUAAACAGCAGGUUCUCUCUCUUCCAGGUGACAAACAUUGCUCGGCUCUCUCUGCUCAUACUUCAUGGGGAGGACAUCCCACCAUUGGCCAACAUGAUCAGCGCGCCCAACUUUCCAAGGCUGAGCACGUUGGAUAUCCAUGCUAGCCACAACCUCUGCCGGCGAGUCGACGAGCUCACUGGUCACUUGUUGCAACACACUCCAGCAUGCUCGAUCAAUCUCACACUCUUCCACAGAUUCAACCACGGGUUGGGUACCCUCAGCGACCUCAGGCGCAUCCCUUGCACAGCACUCGUUCACAAAUACGACAGGGUGAGCUACAUGUACCCGAGCUGCUUCUACCGUGUGCCUCCAUUCAUCAAGUCGCUCAAACCGUCGCAAUUCACUAUCUUUGACUAUGACGAACAACAUACCUUUGUGCCCGAGCCCCACAUUACUUAUGGCGAUGGCGACGAGCGAACCCACGGCCUCAAUCUGAUCACCGACAUCAUUGACAUAUCCACUCUACAAUCCGUUGACUUUGGCAGUGUCAGCCUGUCGAUGGGCCAAAUCAGCCAAACGAUCCAACGGCUGCCGCACCUGCAAUCCAUCACAUGCCGGCUAAAGAUUGAUCAGCAGUUCGUCGCCGACAUCGACGACAAUGUCGAUGUGUUUCACCAGUUCUGCGUUGCAGUGGCCACCUCCCAGUCGAUGGAAUCAAUGACAUUGAUUGGUGUGCGCACUGACGGCGCCCAACCGAGUGCGAUGCUAUUUUCCUGGCCUGAUGUCAACUCCAACCAAUUGGAGCUGAUGGAGUCCAGUCUUCUGUUGCUGCUUGGCAUGCCCAGCCUCACCCAUCUCAAUCUCUGCCGGCUCCCCUUUGUCUCGGCACCCUUCUUGAAGGCGAUGGAAACCAACACAUCGAUUGUGUGUCUGUUCCUCCAGGAGUCGGUGCGGCAGGGCGCUGUGUCCGACAUGCUCAGGGCCAACAAAACAAUCACUGCGCUCUCGCUCAAGGGAAAUGAUCUUGGAGAGCAUGCACCGAUCGCAUCGGCCAUCGCCACCAACACAAGCAUCGUCCAUCUUGAUCUCUCUGAUUGCACGUUCUCGCCCUUUGGCGUGCCGUUCAAUGGAGAACGUGAUCAAGUCUACAACGCGCUGGCCAUCAGCAACACCGUUCAGAAUCUGCAGUCACCAUUCCAGAUAGGUAAACCAAACAUGGUGUCAUUGAUAAGGUUCAACAACUACGUUUGGAUCGACAAUAAAUGGAGCGUGCUAUAA